GUGGUCAGGUGGCCCUGCGUAUUAGCCUGACCUGUCAUCCCCUUGAUUGCCUCCCGGCUAAUCCUGGCUGAGCCGGGCUGGAGAGAGCGGGGCUCAGCUGUCAGCCAUGGCUGCGCAUACCCCGCUGCCCCCCAACCUGCGCCGGGGCUUGGUGGCGUUCAGUGGCUCCCUCUUCAUAACCAACAAGACCCAGGAUAGCGGCACUGCCCACCUCUACCAGCCAGCCCAUGAGGUGCUGGCCAGCCUGCCCCUCCAGGUGAUGCUCUACUUCAAUGUCUACUACUUCCCCGUCUGGUGUCUGGCUGAGGGGAUGAUGCUGCAGCUGAAGUACCACCUCCUGCCUUGGCACUACCAAUUCCUGCUGGUCACAGCUUUCCUCAUUCUCUCGCUGGCUGAGGGCUUCCGACUCUACCUGGGCUACCUGGGCAAUCUUCAGGAGAAGGUGCCUGAGCUGGCUGGGUUCCUGCUACUCUCCUUCCUGAUCCAGCUGCCCCUCCUGCUCUUCCUGCUGACAGACAGCCAGGUCAUUCACCUGCCACUGGAGAUGCCCAUGCACAGCCUGUUCCUGGCCUUCCUCCUCGCCGAGAUCGUGGCUGCCUUCCUGGCGCUGAAGACCAUGACCAAGCAGCUGGCGGCACAGUUCUACCUGCGGCAUUUCCAGGAGGGCAGGAGGGGCCGGCCAGGGGGCACAGGGGGACGGGAAGCUGAGGUGCAGUGAUGCUGCAGGACCCCUCCAAACCAUGCAGUCAGACCCGGUAGGGAGCAUUAAAUGGUGCUUGAAGCCACAGAAACUCUGUUUUUGAGCCUUGUGGAGUUCACAGAGCAGUCCCUGGGCAUGGACCUGGACAAUCCCUGCCCUGCACCAGGCUGAUACAGCCUGGGCCAGGUGGGAGUGAGGGGUCAGCACCUCCGAAAUACCCCGGCUUGACCCAGGGCUCUGCCUGUCCUUGCUGAGCAUCAGCCCUGGAAAAAGGCAGGAAGUGGGGGUGCAGAAACCAUUGCACCCCCCAGGAAGUACCAGCCAAGGCCUGGAGCCUUAAGCUGGGACCUUAAAUCCUCUCUGAGCUUCCCAGGGACCUCCCAAGGAUCUGGGCAGCUCACAUGAAGUCAUCCCAGCUGGAAGCAUGCAGGGUGGUGUGAGAGCAGC